AUGGAUCUGAUCAGCUCUACUAAUUACCUGCUCAAUGUCCCUACUUUAGUAAGAAACAGUACUCACUUCCCAGCUCCUGCCUCAGAAAUGAUCAUUGCCCUUCCCUUGUUUAUGUCAUUUAUAAUUGGUACCAUCAUCAAUGGUCUCGACCUAUGGGUGUUAAAAUUCAAGAUGAAAAAGACUGUCAAUACUAUCCUAUUUUUUCAUCUCAUUCUCUCAUAUUUUAUUUCAACCUUGAUUCUGCCAUUUAUAGCCACCACAUACCUUCAGGACAAUCACUGGAGCUUUGGAACUGCCAUGUGCAAGAUCUUCAAUUGCACUUUGUCUACAGGGAUGUUCGCCUCUACUUUCUUCCUCUCUGCCAUUGUCGAUCGUUACCUCCUCAAUCUUCCCCCAGUGUGGUCACAGCUGCACCAAACCCCAUGCUGGGCUUCCAGCAUGAUUCUGGGGGUCUGGAUCUCCGCCACUGCCCUUAGCGUCUAUCUGGUUUUCAGGGAGACACCUGAUGGCCAUAAAGGAAUGGUGACCUGCCAAAAUAACUAUGCUGUGUCUGCUAACUGGGAAAGUAAAAAGAUGCAAACAUUAAGGAAAUGGAUUCAUGUAACCUGUUUCAUCAGCCACUUCUUGCUGGGCUUCCUUCUACCUUUCUUCAUCAUUACCUUUUGUUAUGAAAGAGUAGCCAACAAGAUGAAAGAGAGGGGCCUGUUUAAAUCCAACAAGCCCUUCAAAGUCAUGAUGACUGCCAUUACCUGUUUCUUUGUGUGUCGGAUGCCCUACCAGGUAUACCAAGGCUUAAUUCUCACUAAGAACCAAUCACUACUUUUACAGUUGACUCAUACAGUGAUAACCAUUUCUUUCAAUACUAUCUUUUCUUCCACACUCAACAUAUUUACCAGGGAGAACUUCAAAAACGUUUUUAAGAAGUUCAUUCUUUCUCUGUUUGAGUCAACAUUCAGUAAUGAUUCUUCAGCAGAAAUGACACAAAACCUAACUUCAGAAACCUACCUUUAA